AUGGCGGGAACGAAACAUCCCAAGUCUCGCGCUCACAAGGCUACACUUCACUGGGACGAUCGCGAGGUCGCCCUCAUCUUCAAUUGGAGCGAUUACUGCCUUCGCAACGGCCUUGGCUACCAAGCCACGAUCGAGCAAGAGGUCUUGAAGGUCAAGAGGAAGGACGGGAGCAUCAGGGAAGAAGUGACGUACAGGCAAAUAAGUGACAAGCUCUGUUACGCUUUGAAGAACAGGCCAUCUAUUCCUACAUUCUUGAAGGAGGGCACGCAAUGCCUCGGAAAGCGCCAUCUACGCGACCACUGGCUCAGGGAGAUGAAUACUCAGCGUAGAGAAUGGGGCUUCGAGCCUAUCGGACAGCUGCGUGCUACGGCUUCGCAAGCGAAAGGAGGUGUUGAUGUAGCUAGUUCUGUAGAGGGAAUCAUCCAUCAAGCCGAAGCCGAAGACGCAGAAACGCUACAGGGAGAGAGCAGAGCGACUAGCAUCUCUUCAAUCGAAGACAAAGCCACAGAGGGAGACCAAGCUGUUGUCGAGAACCGCAUCGUCUUAGCGAAACCGAACAGGUCAGCAUCCGGCGGCCACCUCGCUAUACUUCGAGGAGUGAAUGGAAGCCCCCUCUUUACUCGCCGACAAGCUGCAGGCCAACCCCUAAGAGAAUCCAAUGUGAUGGGUUCCCAACGACUGCCGCUUCCAUCGAACAGCUUGCAGCAUGUUCAAAGGGUGCGUUCGGCAUUCGAAGCAUCCUCUACGCCCGUCUCGGAAGCCACGUACCCGUCCCCGCUGAGCCCGGAUUGCUCGAGAAGUACGGCUAAGGGUAUUACCUUCCACGUGCACGUAGACGACGAUACGGCGGCUGCCAGCGCGGACAGGAGUACACGCGCAAAGGUCGAUUUGCUCUUUGACAGUUUCUGCUGGCUGAUGGGGAAAGUGAUUGCCCUGCAAGGAGGAGAAACACCGGAGUCAGUGGACAGAAUGAAGAGGAUCAGGGAUACUUUCGUCCAAGAGCCGGGAGGAGCCGAGCUAGGAAGACUGCUCGAAGACCUGAUCGCAAUGGACGAGCAAAAGAAACGGUACCGGGAUCUAGCUCAGAAGCUGGUCGGGCGACAAGAUUUCCUCAAAGAGGCGAGCUUUCCCGGCCUUCCAUCUCCUGCUCAUCUUGACCGAGAGUGGAAGGCCAUGCGAAGAGGCAUUGUAGAUGCUAUUGGGUUUGGACCAGACUCAUCUGGCCCGUCUCCCUUCAACGUGGGCUAUCUAGCGGCACGCAUUGACGAUCUUGUUGAUGGUAAAGUCCAGGAAGUGGAGAUCUCGAAGUGGGUAAGAGGCCUGAUGGCCCACCUGGAUAGCCCGCAUAGUGUUCAGCUCCUUUUGAGCUCUCUACUAUGCAAAUGGGUUUUCCUAACCCCAGAGCCUAUGUGUACCGAGCAAGACACCAUUAAGACGGUACUCCUCUACAAGCAAAUUAGGGACACAGCACCAGGGCUCACCGCCCUCAACGAUCCGCAGGAGUGGUUGCAGCGGGCCGUUGAACUUAAAAAGACAGUCAUGAUCAGCCCGAUGGAAUACAGGAUCCACUUCUAUCGCCCGGGAACGCCUUUUGACCCCUCCUGCAUGCCGGGGGAAGAUGUCGAGGGAUUCCCUGUCCAUGAUGUCCACUGCAGGUCCAAGAGGGUCAAACUUUGCCUCUUCCCAGCUCUUGCGGUCCAGCCGGUGGACCAACCGCUACCAAAUGCAGAUAUUAGAGCGGCACUGGUGAGCCAUAAGUGCUUCUUCCCAUCUGGUAAAGAGAAAGAAGAAUUCAACCCGAACAAUACGAUAUCGAAGGCCGUAGUUCUCGUGGAGUGA